AUGACUCAGCCAUGGGAAGAGCGUGCCGCAAAGAAACGAGCAGAAUUGUACGAAAAGAUCCCCUUAGAAUGGCGUCUUCCAUCAGAGUACCUUACAGGAUCAAUGGACUCAGAUGAUAAUGUGCUGGACGUCCCGAGCCGCUGUGGCUUGCUGAGCUCAGAGGAGCUGGAAAUCACGGAGAAAUACAACGCAAUUACCUUGGCAAAGGCAGUUCAGUCUGGCUCUCUCAAAGCGAAAUCAGUCGCAACUGCUUUUUGUAAGCGUGCCGCUAUUGCUCAGCAACUGACCAGUUGUCUCACAGAGACGUUCUUCAAUGAUGCUAUUGAGCGAGGAGAAUGGCUCGAUCAGAUUUAUCAGCAGACUGGAAAACCUGUGGGACCUCUACAUGGCGUACCAGUCAGUCUCAAGGAGUGCUUUAAUGUUAAGAAUCAUCCUUCAUGCGUUGGGAUGGUCUCUUUCUUGGAUAGGCCUGUUGCCGAGGAAAAUAGCUUCCUUGUGGAUAUCCUGCUGGAUCUUGGGGCCAUUUUAUAUUGCAAGACGAACAUUCCAGUCACCAUGAUGUCAGCAGACUCGGAGAACAAUGUCUUUGGGAGGGUACUGAACCCUCAUCGACUGAGUCUCGGGGCUGGAGGUAGUUCAGGCGGCGAAGGAGCUCUCAUCGCCCUCCGCGGCUCCGUUCUGGGCGUGGGUACCGACAUAGCAGGCUCCGUCCGAAUCCCUGCUCUAUGCAAUGGGACAUAUGGUUUCAAGCCUACCACUCAUCGUAUCCCAACAGGCAAACAAGCCUCGGGUGGAGGUAGAAAAGGUUCUCCUUGUUUCUCCGCCAUUGCAGGUCCAUUGGCAAACACAUUCGAAGACUUGGUCGCCUUCACGGAAGCCGUACUAAAUUCCAAACCCUGGAAUCGCGAUCCUACAUGCAUCGGAUACCCCUGGCGUGCGGAAGUUGCAAACGCAGCACCAGUGAGAAAGCGGAUAGGCUAUUUCAUAGAGGAUCCAGAACUUCCACUCCAGCCUCCAGUUCUCAGAGCGUUGGAAAACGCCGCAAAAACGCUUACUGCAGGAGGUUUCGAACUCGUUCCGCUAUCAAACACCCCUUCUUUGAUGACGGGCUUCAAGAUUGCGAACGACUAUUUCUCUCUCGACAACUCCAAGAUGCCUUUACAACAUAUCUUAGCAAGCGGUGAGCCAAUAAUUCGGUCUCUACUGCGUACCAUGGACAUCAUGAAGGCAAAGCCAACAGAUUACACAUUGGACGAUCUUUGGGACAUUAAUGUUGCAGCUCAAGAGUAUAAAGCUGCGUGGCACAAACAAUGGGUGGAGAAUGAUGUUGAUGUGGUUCUUUGUGCGGGUGCUCAAACGACUGCUGUCCCGCAUGAUACAUUUGGUCUACCUCAUUAUACCACGGUGUGGAGUUUGCUCGAGUAUGCUGCAGUAAUCAUUCCGACUGGUAAAGCCGAUAAGGCUGUUGAUGUUGAUGAGCUCGCAAGAUCUGACAAGGUUCGAACCUACAAGGCUGAAGAAGUUCAUGGCGCACCUAUGGCAAUUCAACUCGUUGCCAGAAACUAUCAUGACGAAGAGCUUAUUGCCUUGGCUCGCGCUGUGGAUCAAUGUUUGAAAGAGAAUGGAUCUUGA